AUGCUCCGGCUGCGGUCGGCUUCAAAGUGUAUUACGCUGCUUAGUGACAAACGCGACCAGGGGUUUCUGCUCGCUAGCGUUAGCCUAUACCCGCUAGCCCGCUAGACCCAUGUGAAGUUCAUUAACUGUUUGCUGACUGUAACUCACAAGACAAACAUGUGACUUAGACUGUGCAGAAGUUAGUUACGAAAUGUCGAGGGCGAAGCCGAGCCCGAUGUGCGGACACACGUUUCCUCUUGAGGGAAAUUAAGCCACCGACUUUUGAUCAUGGUGCCUGUAUCCAUUGCCCCGUAGAGUCAAGUCACAGCAUUAGGACUUGAAUUCCUGGCGGAGCAGUCGGUUGAUGGAGCAGGCGGUUGGCGGUGGAGAUGUUUGUUGGAUCAGAGUCCAGUCCACAUACAGGCCUGGCUGGAUCAUCAUUCUCGUUCUCUGGGUCUGUUCAUCGACGGCAGGUUUGUCCGUCCGGCAGACAGACAGACUCGUUCCGUUGCUGAUUCUAAAGGUGGAAAUGUGUGCAGCACUGUGUGCGCUGCGGAGCACGAUGUUUCCCAGUGUGCCGCCUCAGGUGUGACUGGCUACAAGGCCUGGAGUGGGAUGACCUGCUACAACAGGGCUAAAGUGCUGCUCAGACUGGUGAGCAUUCUCGGGCAGCACAGUAAGUGUGUCUCGGAGCUGUGUGAGCUGUGUGAGGCCUCCUGCUCGCCCUCCGCGCUGGUCAGACUGCUGCAGUACUACGGCAGCUGGGCUCAGCUCAGAGACACUCUCAUCGCCGACUGGGCACCACUGGGUGUGGUGGCAGUAGUCGUCUCCGAUGACUGCUCUCUCUAUUCCCUUAUGCUCAAAGUCCUACCAGCACUGGCCAUGGGAAACUCUGUCAUUAUUGUCCCUGGUCGGAGUACCGCCCCUCCAGCGCUCCUGUUGGCACAGCUUUUUAUGGCGGCAGGACUUCCUGCUGGGGCUCUUAAUGUUUUAACCGGAAGUGACGUGUUGCUGGGUGCCACAGUGGCCCAGAAUCCUAGCAUUAGCUACGUCACCUACAGCGGCAACAAGCAGGAUGGAGUAGUGCUGUGUAAGGCCACGGCAGGAACGGGCGUUCCCAUUUCUGUCUCCCCCUGCAUCGGUGCCACAUGUCCCUUCAUCAUUUUUGAGUCAGCUGACAUUGACAGUGCUGUGGACGGAGUGAUAGAGACCGCCUUCAAGAAGAAGAAAGAGGUCCACUGGGUGUUGUGCGUGCAAGAGAGUGCGUUGGACAGUGUUGUGGCCCGUCUCAGGCUGCGUAUGGCGGGGAUGAAGUGUGUUGGCCUGGCCGCUGAUGCAGACAGGGUCCUGGUGGAGGCUGCGGUACAGGAGGCUCAGCAGCAGGGGGCCACGUUGGUUCAGCCCUGCGCUGCUCCUCCGUCAGGUACCCUGUACCCUCCCACAGUGCUCUGUGGGGCCGCCCCCUCCUCUCCGUUUGUGGUCAGCCCUUCCCCUGGACCGCUGCUGCCUCUCAUGACCUUCAGAAGCAACACAGAGGCAGUGACCCUGGGGAACCACAGUCCUCAUGGCCUGGCAGCCUCCAUCUGGACUGAAGACCUCACCCUGGCUCUGGAGACAGCAAAGAGUCUGUCAGUUGGCUCAGUGUGGGUAAAUUCCCACUCUGUGUCUGACCCUUGUCUGCCUGUUUCUGGUCACAAAGACAGCGGCACCUGCACCGACGGAGGACAGGAGGGUCUGUACCAGUUUCUACGCCCGUCCUGCUCUUCCUCUCCUGCUCUUCCUCGUUCCUCCCCUGUCUCUAUGGACUACACAAAGUUUGGAACAGCAGCUUCGCCAGCUGUCAUCCCUGGUGAUUCAGACCCUGCCAGUGCUCCUAAGUCCUACCUGCUGUUCGUCGGAGGGAAGGCGUGUAAAUCUGAGUCCGGCUGCAGUGUGGCUGUGCAGCCAGCAGGCGGCGGCAGCGUGUUAGCCUAUUGUCCAGAUGGAGGCCGGAAAGACAUCCGUAAUGCUGUGGAGGCAGCUGUCAAAGUCCAGCCUGGCUGGAUGAAAAAAAGUGCGUCUGCACGCGCUCAGUCCCUCUACUCCCUGGCCAAGGGCCUGGAGGCGAAGAGGCGGGACAUAGCCGUGUCAAUCAGCGUCCAGACCGGUCUGUCGAUGGAUGAAGCCGAGAAGGAGGUGGACCUCGGCUUUGCAAGGCUCACUGAUUGGGCAGCUUACUGUGACAAAGUCCAAGGAGGAACUCUGCCUAUGCCCCAGUCUGGCUCUGCUCUCUCCAUCCCUGAAGCCCUGGGAGUCGUGGGGCUCGUCCUCCCAGACAAGAAUCCCCUCCUCUCCAUGGUAACGCUUCUUGGGGCGGCCAUCGCCACUGGCAACGCCGUCAUCAUGGUGCCCGGUCAGAAAAAUCCACUGCCAGCCUUGGCAUUCAUUCAGGUGCUCCAGGGGUCAGACCUGCCAGCAGGUUUGGUAAAUGUCAUUUCAGGAAGUAGGGACCAGCUCACGGUGGCUCUGGCUAAUCACAGUGUCGUCAAGGCCAUCUGGUACUGGGGCAGUGCUGAGGGCUGUCAGUACCUCCAGUACACCUGCACCAGCCCUCUGAAAACCCUGCGCCUUUUCUGCCAAAAGGAGGAGGAGGAGGAGAAAGACGGCGGGAAGGACUGGACUCGGCCUUAUCCCUCGGUCCUGGAAGAAAUGUGGAGAAACGCCGUCCAGUGGAAGAGUGUGUGGAUUCCCACUGCAUAGGAGGGAUGAAGGUGACGAGAUGAAAGACAGAGAAGGAAAGAGAGAGGAAGGGUUACAGAUUUCUCCCCUUUUGACAUCUGCCGGUAGAGUUAACUGUGACUUGUAGGAUGUAGAUUGAAAAGGAAGGAUCGAAAACUAACUGUGACCAUGAAAAAUUAUAAGAUGCCUAUGAAACGGACAACAAAUGAUCCCAGCGACUGACUGCUGGCUACACCCUACCCUCCUGACUCCAGGCUUUCAGUUCUAGCUGACCACUGUUGAUUUGAGAACUGUCACUAGCAGGUUCUAUCAGCUGUAACUAGUCAGCUAAUGAAACAGACACGACCUACUGGUAGCUGGUUGAAGAUUCCAGCUGACUUAUCAAUGUUUCCAAGUGAUUAACGGGGUCCUCGUUUUAUUACUACAGGGUCUUACUAUGUAGCCCUUGAUGGCUACAUGCAUAUCAUUCUAAAAGAGCUCUCUGACGGUAUCCAGGAUCCUGCUCAGUGCUCGUGUUUGUCAUGGAAGGGGCUAAAGCAAUGACUCUUGGCCCUGGAAGUGACGCUCUGUUACUACUGUAAAUGAGGGAAGCGAGCACGUUAGUCGGCCGACAUUGGAGCAGUCAGAACGCUGUUUAAUCCAUUUCUUACAUUUUUGGUCUUGUGUUUUUUGGGUUUUUGUAAAGGCAGAGGCCUCCGUGCCUAUUUACGGUUGCCUCACUAUGAUUGGACAGUCGCUUUUGCAAGUAAUUUUGGAUCAGAAAUUAACCAUCUAUAGACCCCGAAGCAUCAGGAAAUGUGGCACCACGCAACAUUUGCAGAAAGACGUCAACCUGUCGUCAACAAAAUCAAAGAAAAAGAAAUAAACACAAGUCUUAGAGCCAAUGAAAUGGUCAUCUCAUAAUAUGCAGUGCAUCUGCACUAUCUUCAUCAGCCCCGUGGUCAUACGAAACACCGUCUCUCGCCACUGGGAGUCCUCGUAAAUGACAGUUAAAGCUCCGACCUAAGAGACUGUUAUGGCUCUGACCGUUUCUGCUAGAGUUAACAAAGGUGCGUUCAGGGACAGAUAGAAGUGAAGGCCACAGGUCAGACAACAGGGAUUUACCGUAGUGAGCAGAGCAGAAUUGAAGAGAUUAAACAUAUGAACCGAUUUCAUUGGGGGGAAAUGGCAGGAGUACGCCACAGAGACGUAGUCUGGGUUGAAUUUUGUAAUUUAAAAAAAAUAUAUAUAUAUAUAUAAAAAAGGUAAAAAGACUAAAAAGGUAAUAGACUUACUUUGAUGAGGGUCAUGCUGGUCACCUUGCUCGUGUUUUUUUUUCUUUUAUUUGUUAACAUGUUGAAAAACCGUUUGUCACUGAUACCAAAAAGGUGAACAUCUUCCCUCAUUGUGAUGAGGACGUCCAGUGUGUCCAACUAGCAAGGCGAUUGUAAACACAGAACCAGGUCUACAUGACAUUUCCUAGUUAGAGAAGAAAAGACUACAUUAGCUCCGUUGUUUGCAGUCAGAGAGUAUUUCGGGUGUUUCGGUUAAAUGAGAUGGUUUUGCAUUUUGGUGUUUUUAAUAGUACAGACGACAAUGAAGGACGACGGCGGCCACACAGAUCAUACUAGCUAGUGGGAGCAUUUCAUUGUGGGUUUGCCUCACCCGAUGACCUGAUGGCUUUCUACCUCUGUCUUCUGACUCCCUGUCAUUACAUCAGUGCUCGGUUUAUUACAAGUAUCCUCACUUUGAGCUCAGCAUCUGUUUUCCCUUUUUUCAGUCUGCAACUCGAAACCUCAUCUGCCUUACAGUUCUGUCGACUGAGCAAAGAUUGAUCGACUCUGUGUGAACACAAGCCAAAUAUGUUAAAGUACUGUACUGAAUAUCCUGUAUAACUGUACAAUAAUACUGCCUUUAGCAAUGGAGCUACACUCAUUAAUCUGUGGUGCAAACGUUCCCAUUGAAAUCAGUUUGUUUUUUUUUCCAUGUCCAAGUCCACAUAAUAAAAACAAAAAACGCAUUUUUCAGACCUGUAUGUGUUUCCAGAGAAUGUGGGUCUGUGGCUCUCACGGUCUAAAAGCUUUGAAUAAAAGAUCAUUUAAUGACUUAA